AUGGCCCAGACACUACCGAAAAACGUCCAUGUGUCCCGCCAUCCGUGUCUACAGGUGAAGCUCUCCCAGCUUCGAUCAGGCAAGGCAUCAAGCCGUGAAACCAACGACCUAGUCCACGAGAUAGCCACGAUAAUAGGCUGUGAGGCCUUUGCAGAAAACAUCUCCGUGGCCCCCGGCGAGAAGAACACCACCCCCCUCGGAUACGAAUAUACCACUAGCUUCAUAACGCCAGACAAGAUCGCCCUGGUUCCUAUACUGCGAUCAGGCCUGGGCAUGGUCAACGUGCACCAUCUCGGCCUGUUCCGCGAACCCACCACCCUCGAACCAGUAGAAUAUUACAACAACCUCCCCUUCCAGCCGAACUCGACGGGCGUCAACUCCGCCGCAGCCAAGCUAGCAAUCAUCAUCGACCCCGUGGUCGCGACGGGCAGCACUGCCUCAGCGGCCAUCCAGACGCUGCGUGAGUGGGGGGUGGAACGGAUCUUGUUCCUGUGUAUCUUGGGUAGUCAUGCCGGUCUUAUCAAGGCGGCUGGGGAGUGGGAGGAAGGCGUGCAGGUCUGGACGGGGGCCGUGGACGAGCAGGUUGACAUGAAGGGAAUGAUCCAGCCUGGUCUGGGGGAUAUUGGGGAUAGGCUUUUCUCGGCCGGCGGUAGGACGUCGGUGAGUUAG